UCUGCCAUUGCAAAUGGGUUGCGUUUCAUCCACUCUGCUCAAUCAAGACAAUGAAUUCACCAAUAUGGGUGGCUCUGCUGCCGGUUUUAGCCACCACAUUGUCUCUCUAACUUCCACCACUUAUGGUCUCUUGACCCUUGAUCCACCUUCAACUCCCCCACCCACCACUGUCCCUCCCACCCCUACCCCACCACCUCGCCACACUCUUGGUUCGCUUUUCCCAAGCCCCUUGUCGGAACCCAGAAUCCUCAAGUCCGACAUCAUCAACUCUUGGGAACUUAUGGCUGGUCUUGAUUCCACCUCCACCACACCCAUCUCUGACAGCUUUCGAUUUCCCUCUUUACGCAAAUCAACCCCUGAUUCUAGUUUCAGAUUCUUGAAUAAAUCAUCCCCCAACAAAGAGAAUUCAAGCCCCAAUAUUCCAUCUUUUACCGAUGCACUUGAUAAAGCUGACAUUUUUAACCCCACGAGAUUGUCUUCUGCUUUCGUGCUUGAUGGGUUUGAAAAGCUUUGUCCGCCAAAUGGUGAGGGUAAAAUUGUGAUCUAUACGACAACGUUGAGGGGUGUGAGGAAGACCUUUGAGGCUUGUAAUGCUGUGAGAUCAGCGAUUGAGGGGCUUGGGGUUUUGUAUUCUGAGAGGGAAAUUUCGAUGGAUAGAGGUUUCAGGGAAGAAUUGAAGGAGCUGAUGAAGGGUAAAGAGAGCACUGAGUUAAUACCUCCAAGGGUGUUCUUUAAAGGGAGGUACAUUGGAGGAGCUGAGGACGUGAUGAGGAUUGUGGAGGAGGGAAAUUUUGGGGAUUUGCUUCAAGGGUUGCCUAAGAUGAAAGCUGGUUCUGUUUGUGAGGGUUGUGGGGGUGUCAGGUUCAUGCCUUGUUUUACAUGUAAUGGGAGCUGCAAGAUGGUGAAGGAAGACGUGGAACAGAAUGAAGGCAGAGCUGUCGUGGUGCGGUGUACUGAGUGUAAUGAAAAUGGAUUGGUGCUUUGCCCCAUUUGCUGCUGAGUGAUGCAGGAUCUGUGACUCUGAGGACCUAGCUCGGUUAG